AUGGACUCUUCACGUCAAGAGCUCGAAUCCAAUAUGACAGCCAAGUUCCCGACGGACAAAGAAUCAAAAGAUGUGACUGUUGAUCCAUUCGAGGUCAAAUUCGAAAAAGAUGACCCUGAUAACCCCAAAAACUUUGGCUCGGGCUACAAGGUCUGGCUUGUCUUCCAGAUGAGCCUGCUUGCCAUGGUCGGGGCUCUGGGCUCGUCCAUUAUCUCUCCAGGCGAGGCGGCGAUUGCCGAAUAUACGAACGUGAGGAAAGAUGUCACGGCUCUCACGGUGGCUUUAUUUGUCUUAGGCUGGGCGUUUGGCCCGAUGAUAUGGGCCCCGAUCAGCGAGGUCUAUGGCCGGCGCAUGGGAAUGCUACCCGCAAUAUUCGUUCUUGGCCUCUUCAGCAUUGGCACUGCAACAAGCAAAAAUGCCGAGAGUAUUUUUCUCACGCGCUUUUUCGGAGGCAUCUUUGCUUCGGCGCCAAUCAGCAACGUGCCCGCCGCCCUAGGUGAUCUCUUUACCCCAGCGACUCGGGGAAAUGCCAUGACAUUUGUAGCGUUGUGCAUCGCAGGAGGUCCGACAGUCGGGCCCCUCAUUGGUUCUACCUUUUUGGUAAAUCCUAGUCUGGGGUGGCGCUGGACGGAAUAUCUCGAGAGUAUCCUCGUAUUCUUUCUCUUCAUGCUUUGUACCUUCUGUUUGCCAGAGACAUACGCCCCUUCUCUGUUGAAGGGCAAGGCACAAAGGCUUCGCAAAACAACAGGCGACCAGCGAUACUGGCAUCCGCAUGAGCAGGUGAAAAUUGAUAUUAACAAUGCUUUUACUAAGCAUCUUGCUCGUCCAUUGCGACUGUUGAUUACUGAGCCCAUGGUCACGUUUCUGGCCCUCUAUGCUUCCUUUGUCUACAGCCUGAUCUACUUGACACUCGAAGGAUUCCCAAUUGUCUUCCAAGAACACCGACACUGGGACUUGGUAGUUUCGACGCUCCCCUUUCUGGCGAUCUUGGUUGGGAUUCAAUGCGCUGUGCUUAUCAACUUUGCCAACCAGCCCCGUUACAAACGAGCCGUAAAAGCGAAUGGUGGCAAAGCUGUGCCCGAAGCACGUCUUCCACCGAUCGUCGUUGGGGGCGCACUGUUAUCAGUAGGUCUCUUCUGGUUCGGAUGGACCGCGGCUCCAACAUAUCACUGGGUGUUGCCUGUGGUUGCAGCGGGAACAGGUUUCAUCGGUGCUGGCUUUAACGUUGUGUUUCAACAAUGCCUAAACUUCCUGGUCGAUACUUAUGGCGUCUAUGCCGCCAGUGCGGUAUCCGCGAACACGAUUUUGCGCUCGGUUCUCGCGCGUUGGGCCCGCGUGCAGUCUGCUUGGUGGCAUUUCCUGCUUAGCGUUGUCAGUGCCUUUUCUGUUCAUGAAGUACGGCCCCGCACUAAGAAAAAGGUCACGGUUCGCAUCGGGCGAGGCGUAGCUGCGCCCUCGGUCUCGUCUUUGACAUGCUAG